CAUGGAUAAAUUAAUCAACCAAUUUAAAGCAAUUACUAAUUUAUGUCGGAAUGAAAACGAAGGGAAGGGUUAUGAUUCAAAUCAAGAGGACUCAAUAGAAAAAUAAAAUACUCAGAAAAAUAAUGAAAUAAAUGAUAAUGAUCAAACCAAUAUUUAAAAUGAUGUGAAAAUGGAUGUUAAGGAAUGUGAGAGUAUGAAAAAUUCACAAUCUUUAAGGUAAUUAGAUUUAAAGUAUAUUUAGUGAUGAAAAUUAAACACAACAAUAAUAAAAUUAUAACUAAAAUUAAAGCCCAAACCAUGUUUUAACAAUUAAUUCCCACAAAUAAUUUACUCAAAAACUAACAGAAUCUCAAAAUUUUCCUUCUUAAUCAUAGAAAAGCAUCUCUAGGAGUGUAAUGUACAAAUCUCAAGAAAAACAAAAUUUUGAUGAUUAUUGUAAUCAAAAUUAUCCUGAAUAUCAAAAUCAAUAAUAGGUUUAUUAUUAGAAUGAAGCAAAUCCAAGUUUAUUUAAUUUUUAGAAUCGAGCAAAUCAAUAUUUAGGAAAUUAUUAGUAAUAAGCAAAUCAAAAUUUGAAUAAUUAUGGAAAUCAAACAAAUUAUAUGCAAUCUUAAAUUAGAUUUUAGGAUAGUCCUAAAAGAUCCACCCCAAUUAUUUAACAUAUAGAUCAAAACCAAAAUUUCUAUUAACAAUAAAAAUAUAAUUUAUAAUAUAAUUAGCAAAACUUUUAAGAGAAAAAAGAGACAUCCCAAAAUUCCAUUAUUUAAAGUCAAUAGACUUAAAAUAAAAAAAUCAAAAUUUUAUAAAUGCCAAACCAUGUAAACCAGAAUAAUUAUAAUUAAACACCUAUCUAUCCACCAUAAGAAUUCUAAAAUUUUAAUAAUUACCAGCAAAUUAAUUUAAUUAAUAAUGAGUCCUAACGCUAGAAUCAAAUAAGAUAAACUAAUUAAAGCUUCAAUAGUUUUAAUUCUUAAAUAACAAUUACAAAUUAUUAGAGUUGUGCUGACAAUAUAUCAUAUGCAUAAACUUAAGUGGUAAAAUGCACUUAUUGCGGAAAGGAUGUUCAAAAAUAAUAUAUCUAAUUAAAUUGUUAGCAUUUCUUUUGUUCAGAUUGUUUGAAAGAGUUUUUGAAAAAUCAAUCUAAAUAACCUGAUUGUUACGCUUACAAAUGUCUUUGCUAAAGUAUAAUCAAAUUAUAAGUAUUGUUUAAAGAUAAAGAUAAAGAUAGAGAAGUAAUAAUUUUAAAAGAAAAAUUAAUUAAUAAUUAGCUCAAUACACUUAGAUUAAAUAUAUAACAAAAAUAUUAAUUGAAAACCUGUUGCAACAAAUAGUGUUCAUUUUUCGUAAUAAUUCAGCAAAACUUAGAACAAAAAUAUUUCUAUUGUUCCUAAUGCUUAGAAAGAUAGGUUCAAGUUUAAUUAAAUUAGUGA